AUCCACACAUCCCAGCAACCCAUUAUUAUUGCUGUCUUGUCACUUGUUAAAAUAUCCCUGUCCUGGGGUCUGAUCUCAAUCAUUUGCCGGCUUUUAUUGCCUCUGGAUUUCUUCUAGCCCCAAGAUGACCUCCGACUCUGACGCUUUGGUCCCCGAGACUCGCGUCCUUGCCGUAGCAAGCCAUGUAUGUGCAUUGUCUCCUCUAUAUCCUGAUUUUAUGGGAGAUGCGCAUGCUGACGAGCCGGAUUCUGUGGGAUCAGGUGGUCUAUGGAUAUGUCGGGAAUACCAUGGCAACGUUCGUCAUGCAGUCCCUGGGCUGUGAAGUCGCGGCCUUGAACACCGUCCAUUUCAGCAACCAUACCGGUUAUAGGCAAUUCAAAGGCACCAGGGCAACAGCUCAAGAGAUCACCGACAUCUAUCAAGGCCUAUGCCAAAGCUACCUGACCGAUUUCGAUGUCAUGCUGUCCGGAUAUGCCCCCAGCGCUGCAGCCGUCGAAGCCGUAGGCGCAAUAGGCCUGGACCUGCAGAAACGGGCUGAGAAGAAGCCUGGUUCUUUCUUCUGGGUCCUUGACCCUGUCAUGGGAGACCAGGGACGGCUAUACGUCAGCGACGACGUGGUGCCAGCAUAUAAGAAAACAAUCCAUCAUGCGGAUCUCAUUCUCCCAAACCAAUUCGAAGCAGAGCUCCUCUCCGGAAUCAAAAUCACCUCCCUGCACACCCUCGCAGAAGCUAUAACAGCCAUCCACAAAAUCUAUUCCGUGCCCCACGUCAUAAUCACCUCGGUCCAGCUCUCGAAACUCACCACCUCACCCACCACCCCGCCCCCAGCUUCCCUGACCAUCAUCGGCUCCACGACCCGCUCCGACGGCACCCCGCGCCUCUUCCGCGUCGACGUACCCGCCCUGAAUUGCUUCUUUAGCGGGACGGGCGACAUGUUCGCCGCCCUGACGGUGGCUCGACUCCGUGAGGCCGUGUUCGCUGCCGGUCCGGACCUCCGCACCACUAAAUCCUGGGUCUCUCCUGAUUCCGUGCAGGCGACGGAUCUCCCCCUCGCCAAGGCCACGGUGAAAGUCCUAGCGAGUAUGCACAGUGUUCUCGAGAAGACGCUGGAGGCUCGUGGUGCUGAACUCACAGCUACCGCUCAGGAGGUGUCGGUCUCAGCGGCAUCUGGGGAAAACGAUGAGGAAAAACGGAAACGCGACUAUCUGCGCCAUACCAAGGCGACGGAGGUACGGCUUGUUCGGAAUGUGAAGUAUCUGCGUUCUCCGGUGAUCGAGUUUAAAGCACAGGAGUGGAGAGAGUAGGGGUGCAUGCGCGCCUUUCUGUGCCCGAGUGCGUCAUAGAAUGCUAGAAAAAGAAAAUAAAGCACAUAAACAUAGCAUAGAUGGGUCGAGGAAGGAAACUGAAA